UAAGUCAUUAAAGUGUUUGCAUUUCAACUGGCCUUUCAAUUUAGGGAAGAGUUCGAAAUCCUUACGAAUAUAACGUCACUUUUCUUCAAUUUCAACACUUGACGGACUCAUCUGUCAUCAUCAAGUAUUGUUUCUCAUCCUUCGCUGUCCCGUGUGUACCGUUUAUACACUAUAGGCCGCACUAGAGUUUUAUUUUUCGUUGACUUUAAUAUUAUCAUCAGUUCAAUGGCGUAUGUACAAGACCUAGACAAAAUUGAAUAAAUGCCUUUUCUUUCCAUUUUUCUUCCGACUUCAUUUUUUAACUAUAUGUUUACUGUUUUUAUUCAGAAAGAAGACACCGAAAAACAGUUAAAUAACGUUACCAUCCGCAAUUCUCUGGUGCGGCAUUAUCCUUUUAUGCAUGUGCUAUGGUGACUGUUACUUUUAUUUGGCCUUUCGAAAUUAUUUGAUUAUUAUAAUUAAACAUCUGAUAAAGAUGUGAAGUUUUCGUUAGUUAACCACAUGUAUUAAUUAAUAAGUAAAUAAUAAAAUUCGUACUUAAACUUUUGGAUAAACAUUUGUAUAUAUUUCUUUAUAUAUAUUUAUAUGACCAUUUACACAUAAACAUAAAAUCAUAUCCUUAAAUCUGUUGUGUUAUCUUUUAUGACAUCUUUAUUACUCAGACAAUUUGACUUUAAUACGGAUAUAUGAAACGCCAAGUAUAUUCUUCUCUAUCUAUAUUGGAAAAUGUUCAAAUUGUUCAUCAAUAUACAAUACCUGAAACAAUACCUUUGUUAAUACACAAACAAAUAGGCUUUGUAGCUACAAUAAAGCGGUAUUUUAAAAUAUAAGUGCAGUUUAUGUGUUGAUCUCGCCAUAUAUACAGUUUUUAAUAUGUCUUCUAAAGUUAAAUUCAGUGAUGUUCACGGAGAAAAUAUAGAAAUUUCUGGAGAUAAAUCAUCAGCAAUUUGGAUUCCAAAAGCCUCUGAUGGAUGGGCCUGUAGUGAGACAGAACUCAAUCCAGGCGAGGUAAUUGAGUUGAAGAUAGAAGGGAACGGGCGAUGUGACAUUGGUUUUAUGAAAGACGAACAAAGUCAAAGAUGUUUUAAAACGCUACAUGAAAUACGAUCUCAUCGCAGAUUAUGUUGUAUUGAAGUUUCCUAUAAAGAAAGUGGGGAUGAGAUAUCUUCGAAAUUUGGCGAGAAGGUAUCUACAAAGAAAUUACGAAAGGAAACAAAUCUUUGGAUAGCAAUUUUCAUAAGAUAUGGUGAUAUGUCUGUUGAAAUCUUAACCAAGGAUCAACCUCAGAAAAACAAGAAAUUUUCAUCUAGCAAACACGGUUCAAAUAUAAGACUAGAAAAUGAUUGCACAUUCGCCGCAUCUGUCUGCAAAAAUCCAGCAUCUAUAUGUUUCAUAUCAGAGCAGUUGGAAGUCGGUCAAAUAUUCAAUCUUCAUUGUGCACCCGAGAACGAAGGCAAUAGGCAACCCCUUCGAUACGAAUUGAAAAUCUAUGUUUAUGACAAAGACCCACUGCAUCUUACGAAAGAUUUCAAACAUUUAUUUCAUGCAGCUGAGAGUAGAAGAAAUGACCAUCCUCUAACAACUAUUGAAACUUUCGAAAAAGAUGAGUGUCAUGGUAUUAUAACUAUCAAAAUGUCUGAUAGUAAAACUGUACAAUACAAAACUGCGAGAGGUAAACAGAAUACACAAACAUUAAACAUUGACUCAAAAAAUGGCGUAUGGAUUGUUCUAGACCUUUACAGAGUAAAAGUAAAACUGGAAAAUUGCCAAACAAUGAUGCCUGAGGAAGAUGCUGCUUCAAGUAAUGCAAUAUCUAUUCCCAUUGAUCAGCUCGAUAGUUUGUCACAUCCACUUUCUAAUCCAUCUGAAGUUCAAUCUGAAAGCGGCACCGAGUCACAGGCUGAAGGCGGCAAUGAGAAUGUAGUAAGGUAUCUCGCCGGACGUGUCAAUAACUUAGAACAAGAACUUCAAAACAUGAAGGUCCGAACUCGGAUAUCAGCAUCGUCAAUGCCACGGCCAAUGUCAUGUCCAGAUAUGAAUAUAUUGACCAAUGAUUUAGGUGAUGAAUUGAACAUACAGAAGCGGUUUCCAGAUUUGGUGAGAAGCAUUGAUACAAUGACAUUUUGUGACCAUCUGUUCGCAAAAGGCGUUGUGACAGAUGUACAAAUGGAUGCCAUCCAUGCAAUAUUCAAUCAAAGAGGGUCACCAGAAGCAAACAGGGAACUUCUGAAAGUCAUGAAAACCAAACGAAUCGAAAAAUCACUGAUGAUAGAAAUUGUAGAAGAGACUCAGCAACAACAUUUGCUAGAGAUGUUUUAUCCUCCUACUAACUCAUUUACUAGACGAUGACCAACGAAUUAAACUAACUUAGAAGCACUACACGAAAUAAUUGUAUAAAGAUGAUUGUGUGUCUCUCUUGAUAUCUUUAACAAUUAAACGUUCUGAAUUUUGUUCAGUAUAUUAAAAAUUUGCUCAUGAAUAAGGCUUGUAUACCCUAAUUCAGCGCCCGUGUUUACGAAGAUUUAUCAACAUUUAUAUCUAAAAAUAAACAUCGUCUUUCUUACAAAUAUUCAAAAUGAAAUUUAACUUGCGUGUUACAUAAUCGUAAAAUGAUCUCAUUACUUUCUACAAAAUGAUGAAUCUGUUUUAACAGAUAAUG